AUGAAGACUGGUUUCACGUUAAUUGCAGACUCAGCUCCAGAGCCGGUUGAUGCUCCUGAACUAAAGUCACGACCUCGAGGGCUUGUCUUUGAUGUAACUCACCAUGGCGCUGUAGACGAUGGAGAUACAGAGAGUAGCUCGGGAUUCUUAGCAGCAUGGAAGGCUGCUUGUGAUCAUGAUGAGAGAGCGACUUUCUAUGUACCGGAAGGUACAUACCAUGUCGGUCCGUUUGAAUUCUCCGGCCCUUGCAAGAACAAUCAGUCUCAAAGAUAUCACUUGAACGGAUUCAGUAUAACCGGAGAACUUGACACGACCAACUUUGAUGGACGAGGAGCGGUUGAAGCUUGGAAACAACACAGCUGCCAUUCCUGCCAACAUUCUUCCCGUUGCGAAACCUUAAUCCCAUCGCUGAAAUUCGAUCAUGUUUCACAUGGGACGAUCAAAAAUGUUUCCUUGUCAAAUGCCAAGGGGUUCCAUCUGGUAAUUCAUGAAAGCAGCAAUGUCAAUGUUCACAAUGUUAUUGUUACUUCUCCUGCUCCUGAAGAUAGCCCAAACACUGAUGGAAUCCAUGUCAGUCACUCUAGUAACAUCAACAUUUCGUCUUCCACGAUUGAAGUUGGCGACGAUAGUGUUUCCAUUAUAGCUGGUUCUGUCAAUGUCACUGUUUACAACGUCACUUGCAAUUGUGGCCAUGGAAUAAGUAUUGGUAGCUUGGGCAAGACCAAGAAUGAGGAGGAUGUAUCAGGGAUCAGUGUCAAGAAGUGCAAAAUAAAGAAAACAAAGAAUGGUAUCAGAAUAAAGACUUGGAGUGGAUCUACUUCAAGCAAUGCUUCUAACGUGACAUUCGACGACAUUGAAAUGACCGAUGUCUCGAACCCCAUCAUCAUCGACCAAAAAUACUGUCCGAACGACAAAUGUGAUACAUCAAAGCCUUCAAAAGUGAAGAUUAAGGAUGUUACCUUCAAGAAUGUGAGGGGAACAUACAAAUCAGAGUUUGCAGUGAGUCUGUUGUGCAGUCCUAGUGUGCCUUGCGAGAAUGUCAAGCUUGUUGACAUCAAUCUGACCCCAACACAUGAAGAAGAUGAUGAAGAUUGGAGGGAAGGCAAUCUGAAUCUAAACGGUGCAAUUGAUGGCUUAAAAGUGAUUAAUUCAAACUUCUGA